GAUGACAAUUUCAGCGAGUGAUUUUGAUAACACUGUCUUCAUGAUCUCGACAAAAAACAAUAGAUAAAAUACACUGUCAAUUAUUCUUGUUUUGAGAUGAGACUUAUCAAGAAGUAAUCACUAACUAGUACUACAAGUAGUUGUAUCACAGAGUAUAUUUUAUAUACACUUAUACAUGUAACUUCUUAUUUUGGACUUUACACUUUGAUCAGAGGAAAAAUAAAACUUAAUAUUUUAAGAAUAAAAACAAAAAUGUCACAGCCACAGAGAAGAGCGGUAUUGAAUCUUUACAAAACGCUGUUAUUUUUAGGAAGAGAUUGGCCACAGGGCUACGAUCUUUUUAGAAAACGUUUACAUAACGUUUUUCUUAGAAAUAGUGAAGAAACGGAUUUAAAAAAAAUUGACACGAUGAUAAAACAUGGACAAUUCGUCGUUAGGGAAAUUGAAGCUCUUUAUAAGUUGAAAAAGUACAGAGCAAUGAAACGAAGAUACUAUGAUGACAAUUAGUUAAAACAUAACAUUUUAUGGUAUGUACAUCUUAUUUCUUAAAUAAAAUAUUAAAUAAAUUCAAACAAAAUAUUGCAUAUAUAAAUUUAUACACAAAAUAAAUUAAAAUCAAGAGAAUAAUUUUAAGACAUCAUUUAUAUCAACAAAAACAUAAGAUGAUCCUAAAACUGAAAACAAUUUCAGUUUCAAUUAUAAGGUUAGCUUAGUUAUAUGAAUUAAAAAAUGUGAUAUUAAAUAGAUUGUAUAUAUUCAAUAAUGUAUCUAUUAUUACUGUUUUAUUAUAUUUAUAGGAAAGAUAUAAAAUGAGUUGGAUUUAGUAUACCCAAUAAAUAAAAAUGAAAUUUUAUUAAGAAACAAACUUUACUUAGUUAAUUUUUAU